CUCGCCCUCCAGCCGCCCGACCGCCGCCGCCCGACCGCCGCCGCCAUGCUGCCCUCUGCGCUGCUCCGCCGCGCCGGCCUCGGCCGCCUCCUGCGCCAGGCCCGCGCCUACGCCGAGGCCGCCGCCGCCCCGGCUCCCGCCGCCGCUCCGGGACAGAUGUCCUUCACCUUCGCCUCCCCGACGCAGGUCCUCUUCAACGGCGCCCAGGUGCGGCAGGUGGACGUGCCUACGCAGACCGGCGCCUUCGGCAUCCUGGCGGCCCACGUGCCCACGCUGCAGGUGCUGCGGCCCGGGCUGGUGGUGGUGCACGCGGACGACGGCAGCGCCUCCAAGUACUUCGUGAGCAGCGGCACGGUGACGGUGAACGCGGACUCGUCGGUACAGCUGCUGGCCGAGGAGGCGGUGCCGCUGGACAUGCUGGACCUGGGGGCAGCCAAGGCCAACCUGGAGAAGGCGCAGGCCGAGCUGGCGGCCGCCGGGGACGAGGCUGCGAGGGCCGAGGUGCAGAUCCGCAUCGAAGCCAACGAGGCGCUGGUGAAGGCCCUGGAGUAGGGUGCGUGCAGCCCCGCUCGGAGCUGCUCCCGCGUGGCCACCCCCUCUGCCUGAAUAAACCCGGAGCCCUGCC